CCAAUGCAACCAGAGCAACGACUCUCGCCGGAAUUCGCAUUCAGGCAGACGUACAUUCUGAAGAAAUGCAUCGCGCUUUUGUACUCGUGCGCCACCUCCCUCCCCAAAUUGAAGCAGCUCCACGCCUUCUCCGUCCGUCACGGCGUUCCCCUUGCCGACCCCGACAUGGGGAAACACCUCAUCUUCAAGCUCGUCUCUCUUUCGGCGCCAAUGCACUACGCCCGCCAGGUGUUCGACAAAAUUCCCCACCCAAAUAUAUUCACCUGGGGCACAAUGAUCAGAGGAUACGCUGAGAGCGACGAUCCAUCCCCUGCUCUCGAGAUGUACCGCCGACUUCGCGGGAGCUCUGCGCACCCCGAUACCCAUACUUACCCCUUUCUUCUCAAAGCCGUCGCCAAGCUGGCCGUGCUGAGAGAGGGGGAGAAGGUGCAUUGCGCCGCGUUGAAAGAUGGGUUUUCUUCGCUGAUGUUUGUUCAAAACGCCUUGCUUCAUUUCUACGGCGCCUGUGGCCGGGUUGAGAGCGCCCUCGAGGUGUUCGAUAAAAUGCCGGUUAGAGAUCUUGUGGCUUGGAAUUCUGUGAUCAAUAUGUAUGCUGCGAACGGUAUGCCAAACGAGGCGUUGACGCUUUACGGAAGAAUGGGAUUGGACAGUGUCAAACCAGAUGGUUUCACUUUAGUUAGCUUGCUCACUGCUUGCUCUGAUCUAGGUGCAUUGGCCUUAGGCAGGAGGGCUCAUGUUUAUAUGAUGAAGGUGGGCUUGGAUAAGAAUCUGCACGCUGUAAACGCUCUCGUGGUUCACUAUACCAAAUGUGGCAACAUCACGGAGGCGAAGCAGGUCUUUGAUGAGAUGGAGGAAAGGAGCGUAGUGUCAUGGACUGCAUUGAUUGUAGGGAUGGCUGUCAAUGGAUUCGGUGAGGAAGCACUCGAGCUCUUCAAGGAGAUGGAGCAACGGAGAUUGGUCCCGACUGAGAUUACCUUCGUGGGCGUGCUAUAUGCUUGCAGCCAUUGCGGAAUGGUGGAUCAAGGGUCUGCAUAUUUUGACAAGAUGUCGAAAGAUUAUGGCAUUGUGCCAAAAAUCGAACACUAUGGAUGCAUGGUUGAUCUCAUGGGCAGAGCGGGCUUAGUGCAGAAGGCAUAUGACUACAUACUCAACAUGCCUAUACAACCCAAUGCUGUGAUCUGGAGGACUUUGCUUGGGGCAUGCUCGUUGAGUGGGAAACAUCUAGAGAUAGCAGAGAUUGCAAGAGAUCAGCUAAGAAAGUUGGAUCCCAAACACUGUGGAGACUAUGUGCUUCUCUCUAAUCUCUACGCAGCUGAAAAGAGAUGGUCGGAUGUUCACAACGUGAGGCGAGCAAUGAUGAAAGAGGGGAUCAAGAAAGUGCCGGGGCACAGCCUAGUUGAGCUAGGCAACCGGGUGCAUGAGUUUGUGAUGGGAGAUGUAUCUCACGCUCAAACGGAGGCUAUAUACGCUAUGCUCUCUGAGAUGACGAGGCUGCUUAGGCUGGAGGGCUACGCGCCUCGCACAUCGAGCGUGCUUGCUGACAUAGAGGAGGAGGAGAAGGAGACUGCUCUUACUUAUCAUAGUGAGAAGAUUGCGAUUGCAUUUGUGCUUAUAAAUACGCCACCAAGGACUCUGAUUAGGAUCGUGAAGAACUUGAGGGUGUGUGGUGAUUGCCACCUUGCGAUAAAACUGUUGUCCAAGAUUUUUGAGAGGGAUAUUGUUGUGAGGGAUAUUAGUCGGUUUCAUCAUUUCAGAGAUGGAGCUUGUUCUUGCAAAGAUUAUUGGUAGUUUUAAUGGUGGAGAAUGUUUGGGGACU